GUAAUGAGUUUUCGAGUAAAGUUAAACGUUCUGUUCUUGUGCUGUAACGUCGUCUAUAUGCGUUUAGGUUUUUCUUUCAUUAUUAAUAUGGACCUAUGGUCUCCGCAGGAGGUGCAACAUGAGGAGGAAAACUACGUUGAGACGGUGACGGAGACGAACUGGAGAGACCUGGAUGGCGGAGAGUGGAUGGUCGCCUUGUGAGUUCCUGGGUUGGGAUGCAUCAAGCUGUGAGCCAGACUGCCUCCGUUGCCAGUAUUUCAAGAAAGAAUGGGAACAGUUUGCCAAGAAUGUAAAGCCCCUGAAUAUAAAUGUUGCACAGGUGCAUGUAUUGGAACAGCCAGUAUUGUGCUUCAGGUUCCUGAUCGCAGAAUAUCCAACAAUAUUCCACUGUAAAGAUGGAGUGUACAGGAUAUACUCAGGAAGAAUGGCUUUGCAAGACUUUCUGGAGUUUGUUCGUAACAAAAAAUGGAAAGAGGCUGAGAGAGUGCCUACAUGGAGAAGUCCUUCCUCUGUACUAAUGGAUUAUCUGUCACUCCUUGUCAGGUUCUCAAAGUCUGUUAGGGAAUUGCGCAAUUACUUGGAUGUAGAAUACAAGAUACCAGUUUGGGUGUUCUUUUGCUUCCAGAUGGUGGUCUUAAGCUUUAUAGGAAUGAUGCUUGGAUUGGUCGCAAUGAUUGUUGUGGACUGUGGAUUCUACAUAACUACAUACAUCAUAGAAAAGAACUUGACUUCCUAUACAGUAAUGCCCCCAAGAUACUGUGACGAUGCUGAGCCUUCAGUAGAUGUCACAAGAAGUAUCAAGGACUAGAAAGUGCUGGAGCAGAAGAAGAUAAUGGAAGGCUUCUAAGGGGAAACAUCACUGACAAAUACAAAGUAUUCUGGAGAUCAGAAUUUCACAAGCCAUCAGAAUGUGUCUUACUCUUUGAAGAUUUGCAACAAAUAUGGGAUUUCUGAUUUUCUUUGCCAUUCUGCUAAAGCAAACACAAAACUUCUGGGCAGAGAUUCAAGUUAUCUUGUUCAGUUCCUGCUGCUGCCUACUGGAAACAACCACAACUCUUAAGUUGCUUGUAAGAGUUUAUUUUUUUUAAAUGGAGAGAACAAGAACUUCGAGCUUGUAAGUAAAAUCUGUACUGAAUUCUCAAAUCACA